AUGCACGAACCCACGGUCAUACUGGAACGCGAAGGUCUCACACGCCCGAUUCAGUCACACUCCACCCCGCUUCCGCCAUCCCUAGUCCCCCUUCCGCCUCCUCAGAGUCCGUCCAUAUCACUGCUGGACAUGUUCAAAAACUAUUCACCAUCGUUCCCAGCCGACCCUGUACAUGCCUUACCAAAUGAAGCCAAUGACCAAACUCCCACUGACCGUGCCAAGUGUCUUUCAUUGGAAUCCAAAGUUCACGAGAUGGAGACAAAUAAGAUCGAGCUGCAAUCCAAGUGCGCAGCACUGGAGAUGAAGCUCAAGGCGCUGACAGUGCGUCUGCAGGAGUCUUCAACCAACCACUCGAUGGAAGUGCGAUCGUUGGAGGGCGAACAGGCCCGACUCAAGACCCAGUUGCAGACCAAGCAAGCUCAGAUGGAGGCCCUCGAAGACAGCCAUCGCUUGCUGCGGUCGCAGCUUCUGGAGACUCAAGUAUCACUUCGCGAACAAAGCCAUGCCAACGAGUUACACCUACGUGCGCUUCGCGACGAAGAUAUGGAGCAAAAACGAAUCGUAUCUACUCUCGAGGCCAAAGUCGACAACCUGCUGGCAAGGGUGGCCGAAAAGGACCGCAAGAUUCACUCGGAUGGGGAAGCGCUUGCGGCAAAGUUGAAGGAACUCGAGACACUUCGCGAACAGUUCCACGAUCUUUCCGCAGCCCACGACGCCCUGAAAGACACACAGCGCCAGAACAGUGUUGAAAUGGAGCGCCUACGGAAAGAGUGUUUCAAGGCGCAGUACGAGCUCAGCCAUCGGCGAGCAACCGAGACGCGACCUCCUCAACCGCCGCCUCCUCCAGCAUUCUUGCACCAACCUCUCUCCCCCAAACUUGGCGAGGCCAUGCAGCCUGUCGAAACCCGCCGCUUGCCACCGCCACCACCUCCUCCAGAGAAGUCCAAAUCGCUGGCGGAAAUGGGAUUUGGUCAGUUCAUUCGAAAACCCGACGAGCUCAACAGCUCAACCAACGUGCGCAAUCUUCUAAGCUACCACCACAGUCCUCGGUCGCAGGACCAUGUCGCUCCGCAUCGCGUGGACACGAACGUGAGCGCUCCGUUUGCGACAGAAAUGCAGACUUUCCAGAACGACGUGGUCGCAAGGCGGGAGUUAGAGGCGCAGCUUCUGCACUGGCACAUUCAAAAGGAGCAGCUCCAGGCGGAAUACACCAAGCUCGAGCAAAUGGGAUGUCGAAGCAUUCAAGCGCGCCGCCGCAAGUCCGACAUUGAGACCAGUUUGAACAGCGUCGACCGGCACAUCAACCAACUCAAGUUUCGGCUGCGGUCGUGA